CGUCCUUGCGCAUGCGUCAAUCUCAUUUUAUCUCACUAGCGGCUUUGGUCACAUCGCAGCUGCUCGUUUAAGUAAAAUAUUUAACAUAUUGUUAUAAUUCGCUGUCGUUUCUAAACGUCAUAAGAAAGUUGUCGACCUGUUGUAAAAAAUAUGCCGAAAAACAAAGGUAAAGGAGGUAAAAAUCGGCGACGUGGUAAGAAUGAAAAUGAAUCAGAGAAGAGGGAGCUGGUAUUCAAAGAGGAUGGACAGGAAUAUGCUCAGGUCAUUAAGAUGUUGGGGAAUGGCAGAUUGGAGGCCAUGUGCUUUGAUGGAGUCAAGCGGCUUUGUCACAUUCGAGGAAAGCUCCGGAAAAAGGUUUGGAUUAACACGUCAGACAUUAUACUCAUUGGAUUAAGGGAUUACCAGGAUAACAAAGCAGAUGUCAUUUUGAAGUAUAAUGCUGAUGAAGCUCGAAGUCUGAAAGCCUAUGGAGAGCUUCCAGAACACGCCAAAAUCAACGAGACUGAUACCUUCGGGCCUGGUGAUGAUGAUGAGAUUCAGUUUGAUGAUAUCGGCGAUGAUGAUGAGGACAUUGAUGAUAUCUAAGAAGCUGUGAAGUAAGCAUUUCACAGUCUACGACAGAAUCCUCACAUCCCCGAAGCCACCUUUCCAACAACAUGUGCACAGAGGCUCAAGUUUUAAGUUUCUGUGACUCACCACUUGACUGCAUUGUCACCUUCAAUCCAUUUUGUUAUCUUUUAAUGUAUUUAUAUUGAUUUCACAUCGAGUGGAAUUUAGCUACAAGUACAGAAUCUCUGGAUUCGCAAUAAAAAGAUAACCAAUUUUA